GCGCGAUACGCCAGUUGCUCACGAGCUGUGAACAAGGAGCAUUCGUUAUAUUUUUUAGCUGCGCAAAACAACACUUGAAUUGACGUGUUUUCAAAAAAAUACAAAACUGAAUGUUUAAGGCAAAUUUACAGACAGUGGAAAAAAGAAAAACAAAAACAGAAAAUUUUAAAGCAUAUAAAAUAAAAAUUUAUGCAUACUAGCGAAGGCAUACAUAUAAUAUAAACUAAAACAAUUGCUCAUUACAGUUUCUUGUGCGUGUGUGCGUAUUAUUUUUCUUCCAUAUGUGGUGCACAGACAAAUAUCAUCUAUAAAUAUAUAUUGAAACAAACAAAAAACUAAAAUUAACAACAACAACUUAUUAUCGCAGCUAUAAUUGCAGCCUUUUUCUUGUGAAUUAUUAAAAUUAUAGCCACAUAUAUACAUACAUACACACGGGUACAGCUGUUGUAUUCCCAAUCACGAAGUGAAUUCACUAGCAAAAUAACGUGCACAAAUAAAUUUUAAAACGAAGAAAAUAUACUUAAAUUACAUUGUGUGUUGUAAGGGUGAUUUUCCGUUUUGUGUGUGUGUGUGUCCGUUUGUUUUUUAAUUCAGCGCAGUUACCAAGUGUCAAACGUAACACUGUAUAACACCGGUGAAAUAGCAGUGCCGAUUUUCAAUGUCGAACCUACAAACGCGUCUAGAUAUCGAAUGUGAGAAGCUCCGAAGCAUUACCUGGCUUCAUAACGGAAAUAUUGGUGAAACUGCUUCUCUAGAGGAAAUUCGCGAGCUUGCUUCGCGUUUGUGUCGCGACUACUUGACUGGCCGCUGGAAAACGAUCAGCCCGGCUGAUAUUAUUGUCAAAAAGAUUAAUGGCGGCUUGUCGAACUUUCUGUAUUAUGUAAGUUUACCAACGACCGACAGUAACUCACAGUUUAUCACACAAAAUUCCACAGCACCACAAGGUAGUGAGGAUUAUCUUCGAUUGAACGGUGAUAGUAGCGACUACAUAACCAAUGACAACAAUAAUGAGGAACCUUUAGUGAUUCGACGAAAGUCGAAUAGUGAGCCGAAUGAGGUUUUACUUCGCAUUUAUGGUGAAGUACAUGGCGAGGAGGAUGAUGCCUUGGGUGGCAUCAUCACCGAAUCCGUUGUCUUCGCAUUGCUGAGCGAAAGAAAUUUCGGUCCAAAACUAUAUGGCAUAUUCCCUGGCGGCCGUCUCGAGCAAUACUUAAAUGCUCGCGCUUUACUUACACGUGAGUUAGCGGUGCCGAAAAUUUCACAGAAAAUUGCCGAGAAAAUGGCCGAAAUACACACAUUGGAUAUACCAAUGUCCAAAGAGCCAGAAUGGCUCUGGAAUUGCAUGGACCGUUGGCUCAAAACAUUAAAUGGCAUUUUGUCACGAACAGAUUGGGGCGAUCAAACACCAUUGGUGGAUGUGGUGCGCAGCUUCGAUUUCCGCAAAGAAAAAGCUUGGUUGCAAUCUGUCAUCAACGAGGGCAACUACAAAGUUGUAUUCUGCCACAAUGAUAUGCAAGAGGGCAAUAUACUUUACUCCAAUUCCAACAACAGCGAUAAGACAAAUGGAGCGAGUGACUCUGUGAUAAGCGUUGAAGACGAGCUACAAACCCAGUAUACACGAAUUCGUAAUGAUGAUGAACCAGAUUUACAAAUUAUUGACUUCGAAUAUUGCGCUUACAAUUAUCGUGGUUUCGAUCUUGCCAAUCAUUUUAUAGAAUGGACCUUCGAUUAUAGCAACCCUGCGGCGCCAUUUUAUUACCACCGCAAGCAACAUUAUCCCAGCACGGAACAACGUCAGCGUUUCUAUAGCUCAUAUUUGCGCAAGUUGCAUGAGGAUUUGCCGGGUUAUACGCCGACAGCGCAGGAACUCAGCGACAUGGAUGCAGAGGUGCGUGUCUUCUCCAUGUUCUCACAUCUCUUCUGGAGCGUGUGGAGUGCGGUGAUGACACUGGCCACCAUUGAGUUCGGUUACUGGGAAUAUGGCGUGGCACGUAUACGUGAAUAUCAGCAACUGAAAGAAACCUAUGAGCGUGAGAACGCAGUUGAAUCGUGAUAAUCGUCCAGUUUUAAGUUUUACAUAUUCUUUGUUUGUUAAGUAGCGCUCAAUUCGAGUCUAAAACGAAACUCUAAGUGGUGUUGUGGCGCGUUUUGUGCCGUUAUUCUUUUGAAUUGUACUUACGAAUUUAGAUAUCGGUAAUAAUUGCGGAACAAAUUUGUAGCGCAUACAUACAUAUAUACUUUUUUAAGUGAAAACAUGGUUAUAAAUAUCAUAUAUAUGUACGUAUAUUUUCUU